GUCAGGCUCCUUUCGCUUCCGGGUUAGGAGGCAGUUUUAAUCGGUAACAUGUUACAUCCAAUCUGACAAACUUUUAUAUCAGAACAGCUUGUUGGUGGAGCAGGUGAAUACGAUGCCCCUAAUAGUGAUGUGUGGGUUCCCCAGCAGUGGUAAAACUCGCAGGGCUAAUGAAAUAAAGGAUUAUUUUGAGAAGAACACAGAAAGAAAGGUCCACAUUGUAGGGGAUGGGACCAUGCGCAUUGAAAAGAAUACUGUUUAUGCAGAGUCACCAAGAGAGAAAAAUGUGAGGGGUUCUCUGAAAGCUGAAGUUGAGAGGAAGAUCAACAAGGAAGAUAUUGUCAUUUUGGAUUCGUUGAAUUACAUCAAAGGGUAUAGAUAUGAACUCUUCUGCCUCAUCAAACACACACAGACACCCCACUGUGUAGUUUACUGUCUGACCUCAGUUGAAGUGAGCUCAGCAUGGAAUAGCAGCAGAGAGCCCAAGGAGCAGUACACCCAAGAGAUCCUGGAUGCUCUGGUGCUGCGGUUUGAAGCUCCCGACUCCAGGAACCGAUGGGACAGCCCUCUGUUCACCAUCCAGCAGGAGGACACGCUCCCCUUCGACGGCAUCUCCGACGCCGUCUUCAAGAGGAAAGCUCCCCCGCAGAACCAGUCCACCCUGAGUCAACCGUUGUCCUCUACUAACUUCUUAUACGAGUUGGACAAGGUGACACAGGAGGUGUUGAUGGCUAUUCUCAAUGCUCAGAAGACGAGCAUUCCUGGUGAUCUCAUCACUGUUCCUGGAACCACAGACAAGAUUGAAUACACCAGGAGCUUCAACAUGGCUGAACUGAGGAAACUGAGACGCCAGUUCAUCAGCUACACCAAGCUGCACCCCACAGAGAACAUAGGACACGUUUCAAACAUGUUUGUGCAAUAUUUGAACAGAAGUCUUAAUUAAGCUACAUUUGUAUGUUAUAUGUUCAAUAAACUUGUAUUUAUUUUCAA